AUGAACCGCGAAGAGGCCAAUGGGCCAACUCCUCAGUAUCUGGGCGAUGACCCUCGGCCCACAAGCAGGAAGGAGCUCGCUGGCUGGUACUGCUAUGGCUGGGCUGCCGAGGUGUUUACGGUCUGUGCUAUGGGAUCCUUUCUUCCGAUUACACUUGAGCAGCUGGCACGCGACCGCGGUGUUCUGCUCUCAGAUAAGACGACGCCAUGUUCGCCAACAUGGAGCCCUUCUAGGCAGGCAUCUGAUGGAGCUGAACCCAGCGUGCGAUCCCCAGCAACCGGCCAGUGUAUCAUCUACUUCCUGGGUGCCGAGAUCAAUACCGCCAGCUUUGCCUUGUAUACGUUUUCAGCGAGCGUCUUGGUUCAAGCCAUUCUGAUUAUUUCCAUGUCAGGGGCUGCCGACCAUGGAUCCUAUCGUAAAAGGUUAUUGGUCAUUUUUGCUUUCACCGGCUCAAUAGCAACCAUGCUGUUCCUUGCCGUUGUGCCCCGGAUUUACCUUCUUGGUGGACUUCUUGCCAUCGUGGCGAACACCUGUUUUGGGGCGUCCUUUGUGCUGUUGAAUUCCUUUUUGCCGGUUCUGGUGCGCCAUCACCCUGCAAUCCAUGAGAAACUCCAAGAAGAGGGAGGAGAAGCAGACCUGCCACAGAAUGGUGCAGUAGCUUCAUCGCAACGUCUCUCGGGACCAGCCGCAAGUAGUGGCCGUGCGGGCCUUGAUGCCUCGACGCCAUUGCUCGAGUCUCGGACAGGGAUGGCAGCGGAAACGAUGACAUCGCUGGAGCUCGAUCUCUCCACUCGGAUAUCAUCUUAUGGGAUCGGUAUCGGGUAUAUUGGAGCCGUGACUUUACAAAUGAUUUCUAUCAUUGCGGUAGUGGUGACCAAGCAAACCACCUUCUCACUCCGUCUUGUCUUGUUUUUGAUUGGCUUGUGGUGGUUCGCAUUCACGAUUCCAGCUACUCUAUGGCUGCGGACACGCCCUGGACCACCUCUUCUGGGCACUGAUGGGAAACCACUUGCGUCGUGGCCCGGGUACCUGGCGUUUGCGUGGAAAUCCCUAGGGAAGACCGCGAUGCGAGCACGGCGAUUGAAAGACAUCCUUCUCUUCCUUGCUGCCUGGUUCCUCCUCAGCGACGGCAUCGCUACGGUCAGCGGGACCGCAGUGUUAUUCGCGAAAACCCAACUGGAUAUGAAGCCAGCAGCCUUGGGGCUGAUCAAUGUGAUUGUCAUGAUUGCCGGUGUGUUUGGAGCGUUUUCGUGGAGCUACGUCUCGAGACUACUUCGGCUUCGUGCAUCGCAAACCAUCAUUGCAUGCAUCAUUCUCUUCGAGCUCAUACCCAUCUACGGCAUGCUCGGCUUUGUGCCAUCUGUGCAGCGUCUCGGAAUUGGUCUCCAGCAGCCUUGGGAAAUGUACCCUCUAGGGGCCGUCUACGGACUUGUGAUGGGGGGAUUGUCUUCGUACUGCCGCAGUUUUUUCGCCGAGCUGAUCCCACCUGGUCAUGAGACAGCCUUCUAUGCUUUAUAUGCGAUCACAGACAAAGGAUCCAGUGUAUUCGGACCCGCCAUUGUGGGUGCCAUUGCUGACCGUUACGGGGAAAUCCGGCCCGCAUUUGUGUUUUUAGCCAUCCUGAUCUUGCUGCCGUUGCCACUCAUGCUGCUUGUGGAUGUCGAUCGUGGAAAACGAGAUGCGCUGGAACUGGGGGCCGAGUUGGAUCGCACCACGGAGGUACAAUCAAGCUACGGGACCAUUGCGGCGGGAUUGUUGGAAGAUCCAUCGCGGGUCGAGGGAACCGCUGGGGCCAUGUAG